UGCUGGUGUUUGUUGGGUCCGGUCCGGUCCAGUUUGGUUGUGAAUCUGUUCAUUUUGAUCAAUCUAAGCCCAACAGCAACUACAUGACAAAAGUUGUGUGACUACAUCUUCAAGUCAUUGCAAACACUGGAUGUUAGUAUCGCAUACACAUCAUAAACAGGUUUGGAUUAACAGCUGAAUCAGUGUGUGUCCAUGGCUCAAUAUGAUCAAUUGGAGGAUAAAGACUCGCUGGAUAUUCAUGACAACCCUCCAGCACCAGAUAAUGUUGUCAAAGAGGAAGACAACACUGUGUAUUUUGUGUAUGAUGAAGAGGUUGAGGAAGAAGAAGCUCCUCCUCCUCCCACCCCCGAGCCUGUAGUUCAGAUCAAUGACAGGCCGCACAAAUUUAAGGACCACUACUGCAAGAAACCCAAAUUUUGUGAUGUUUGUGCGCGAAUGAUCGUUCUCAAUAAUAAAUUUGCCCUGCGCUGCAAAAACUGCAAAACAAACAUUCAUCACUCGUGUCAGUCGUAUGUGCAGUUCCAGAGAUGCUUCGGGAAAAUACCUCCCGGCUUCAGACGGGCCUACAGCUCUCCUCUCUAUGAUCAAGAGAUCAAUAAUCCAGGUCAGCAGAACCGGACGGACCCGGUGUACGACACACUGAGAGUGGGUGUGAUCAUGGCCAAUAAAGAGAGGAAGAAAGGAUCAGAAGACAAGAAGAAUAUGAUGAUGAUGAUGAUGGAGGAGGAAGAAGCCCAACAGCCUAAAGAGGAUGAAGAGGGAGGUGAAGGAAAACAAGAUGGAGAUAAGAAAGACAAGACGGCCACAGAUGACAAGAAUAAGAAGCAGCAGCAGACGUUCAGUCAGUCUCACUAUUAUCUGGCUUUAUAUCGAUUUAAAGCCAUUGAGAAAGAUGACCUGGACUUCCAUCCAGGAGAUCGCAUCACAGUUCUGGAUGACUCUAAUGAAGAGUGGUGGAGGGGUAAGAUCGGUGAGAAGACGGGUUACCUGCCCAUGACCUACAUCAUCCGUGUGCGCGCAGGAGAGCGUGCGUAUAAAGUGACUCGAUCUUUUGUGGGAAACAGAGAGAUGGGUCAGAUCACACUGAAGAAAGAUCAGAUUGUGGUGAAGAAAGGAGAAGAAGUGAACGGAUAUCUGAAGGUCAGCACUGGACGUAAACUGGGCUUCUUUCCCGCUGAUCUACUGCAGGAGAUCUGAACACACGUGACACUGAUGUGAUGUCAUCACGAGAGGAGAAUUACAGUCAAACAAGUGUCCCACUUCAUAUACUAUCCAUACUAAAUACUCUUCACAUUUACAUUGAGGGUGUUCACAGAGAGAGACUGACACUCGCCACCAGAGGGCAGUCCACUGAAUGACGCGUCAUUAAACUGUACAGUAAACAUCACACAAGUCACAUGUGUGUGUGUGUGUGUGUGUGUAUAUAUUCAGUAUAUAUUCAGUAUAUCACAUAGGUCUACAUACAUUCAGUGCAGAGAGUAUAAGCAGUGAUGAAGUAAAGAUCAUAAACACACAGGCUGAGACAGCGUUGACACCUUCAUUCAGGCUGUGCUUCGUCUCUCACGCCAUCAUGUUUUUGUGUGUGUGAAAUCAUAUAUAUCUGUUACUAUAAUGGAUGAAUAUUAUAGUUUUGUUAGUUAUUGAAAAGUUUUUAAGAUUUAAUAUAUUAUGUUAAACAAAUAAAAAAAUGAAUCCUG